AUGUACAACACUGUUGCUGUUUCGUCGAAUAACGCGUCUAGUAGUAAUGGUACGACUACGACUACAAGGACCGCGGGUCCUACCGCAGCUGGAGCAGCUGGUGGAGGAAAUAAUGGUCCUACACAGAGAAGGAGGAGUUCUGGUUUGAAUUCAUUCUUGAAUACUUUUGGAAUACGUCAGAAUAGUGCUAGUAGCCAACAAGCUGCCUUAACGAGUGACACUAAUGCUAUAGAAGGUGAAGAAGUGGUUCAUAGGCGUCCUGAAGGAGCUGCUGUGUAUAUCCAAUCACCUGUGCAAGCGCAUACUCGUGAUGGCCAGCAAGUGGCUGGAUCACAACAUUUACCCAUCUCUAUAUCAUUGAUUCCGCAGACAGAGGUUGGUAAUUCGAACCCUCAGCAACACAGAGCCUCUGUUUCAGCUUCUACUUCGCCUUUAGGUGGACUCGCGCCCAUUUCGCAUGCGCAUACACACCCAGCUCCUCUCAAUGGUGCUCUAGCUGAUAUCGACCCUUUGAAUUCAGAAAAUAACAAUUCACCAACUCAUAAUGAUAACAAUUCGAAUUCAAGUGUUGUUGGGAACCCGAAUCCUACUACUAUAAAUCCAAGCGUAUCUCAGGCUAAUCAACAGACGUCAGAUAACAUUGCAUCGUUGAAGAAUUUACGACAUUACAUAUACGCUGCAGAUCAGCCCAAUGCGGAUGAACUCUUGAAUCUCGAUUUGGCAAGAAAUGGUCCUUUUCCUGAGCCUGUGGAUCGGGAAACCGUUGAACAACGUAAGGAUAAGAACGGGCUUUUUAGCGUAAGGCUGACUCCUUUCAUUGAUGGUUCUUUCUCCACAAACCCUGGUCUGGCCUUUGACCCCGUGAUAAGAACUGCAGGUCCCGGUUCUCAACUAGUUAUUGGUCGUUAUACCGAGAGAGUACGCGAAGCUAUAUCCAAGAUCCCAGAGCAAUACCAUCCCGUUGUUUUCAAAUCAAAAGUUGUCUCAAGGACGCAUGGUUGUUUCAAAGUCGAUAGUCAAGGUAAUUGGUAUAUCAAAGAUGUGAGAUCCUCGAGUGGUACUUUUCUCAACCACCAAAGGUUAGCACCAGCCUCUACCCUGUCUAAGGACACUUUAAUUCACGAUGGUGACGUCUUACAACUUGGAAUGGAUUUCCGUGGUGGUACAGAGGAAAUUUACCGUUGUGUCAAGAUCAGAGUCGAGCUUAACAGGUCUUGGAAAAGAAGAGCAAACGCUUUCAAUAAAGAGGCUAUUCAACGAAUAAGGAAUUUACAAAAGCUCACAACAGGUGUUGAAGAAGAAGACUGUUCUAUUUGUCUUUCAAAGAUUAAACCUUGUCAGGCAAUGUUUAUCUCUCCAUGCUCCCAUUGUUGGCAUUUCCAAUGUAUUCGCCGACUGGUCAUGACUUCAUACCCACAAUUCGUGUGCCCUAAUUGCAGGUUGACGUGCGAUUUGGAAGCCAGUUUGGAGAACAGUGACACGGAAACAGAAAGUGAGAAUGAAAGUGAAGGUGGGCAGUUGGUCGAUGACCUCGGUGUUUUGUUGGAGGAUCCAAAGGACAUCAACAUGGGUUAG